AUGCUCCCUCUUCCAGGUUCUUCGAAGAGACGAGCGCGGCCUUCUUAUCCUUAUCCUCCUCAAUCUCCCUCUACGACUUCCCUCAUCAACCUUCUUCGAACCCGAACACGAUUGACAAAUUUGGCCGUGUUCAUUUUAUGCCUCACGUUGAUCAUCUCCCUCUUGUUCAACGUCUCGGGAUACUUGGCUGGAUCAGAGAGACGUAUGAGGAGCUCAUCGAUGGGAUAUGGAUAUGGAUAUGAUGGAGUGGAAGACGCGAAAACUCACGUUCCAGCAAGUAUAGAAGCGACGAUUGAUCGAGAUCCAAAACUUGGUCUGUUGGACCAUUUGAUUCUAGUGCCAGGUCACGCCUUGUGGAUCGGACAUGACGCAGUCUCGGUGGAAGAUGAUGAAGAUUGGAUCUUGGAGCCGAUACAGAAGGGAGGAAGUGUCAAGACGUACAUACAGCACGUGAGAGAAGGUGUGAAGCAGUUGAAAGAGGAUGAAAAGGCUUUGUUGGUGUUUUCGGGUGGUGCUACUCGACCUCCACCAUCACCAUUAUUGACGGAAUCUCAAACGUAUUUAUCUCUCGCGCAAACACUGUCUCUCAUCCCUUCCACUCCAUUCCCACCACAUUCAACCGCAUCCAAUCACGAUCCUCUCCCUUUGAAUGCUCGGACGACCACUGAAGAGUACGCGUUGGAUUCGUAUGAGAAUUUAUUGUUUGCCCUUGCGCGGUUCAAAGAGUUCACUGGCCGAUGGCCAGUUAAAAUCACUGUGGUAGGGUACGGCAUGAAGAGGAGAAGAUUCGAACAACUUCAUCGUGCUGCUAUACGAUUCCCUCUCGAACACUUUGACUAUGUUGGGAUCGACGAUGAGGGAGAUACGACAGAGCACUAUGCUGGCGAGCUGCAAUACGGUUUCGGUCCAUUUGUUCAUAAUCCUUCAGGCUGUCACCCACCACUAUCCACCAAGCGAUUACUCAGAAACCCAUUCAUACGAUAUCAUCCGUACCACACUUCCGUACCGGAACUUUCAGAUCUCUUCGAAUGGUGCCCUCCGACGAGAUCUGUAGAUCUUCCUGCGGCGGAACAAGAAGGGUGGGACCUGAAAGAUGGUGGAGCCGUCGUCGAAGGUUUCGAAAUCUUUAGAGGUUGGGUACCGUGGGAUGAGGAUCUGACCACUUGGGAUCGGGAGAGGUACUGA